GGUCUGGCAGCCUGCCAAGUUAGACGGCGUUGCAGAAUCAGCUGACUGCAGUUAGUUCCAAGCUCCGCUACUCCCUGUCAUUCUCCUGAGUUAUCUGUGAUAUUUAAGUUGAGAAAUGAGCGAAUUAGGCAGAGAAAAAAGCGGUCCUUGUGACUGUGUUGCACCGAGUGAAUAUUAUGACUGGGAAGAGUCAUUUUUAAGUGAUCCAGAUAAUGAAGGCCAGUUAGAUAACACGGAAGUAAAAGCUGGUAUGGAAUCUAGAAGCAAAAUGGAGAUGAACGGGAAGCCGCAUAUGAACGGCAAGGUGGAAAUGAACGACAAAUCACAUAUGAAUGGGAGUGUGGUGGCCGGCAAGCAGGAGACCCUACAGUCGUACCAGCGGGCGGUGUUCGGGGCGCUCUUCCUGGGGUACGCUUGCUACAUCUUCAACCGUAAGAGUGUCUCCUACGCCAUCCCUACACUCCUCGCCUCCGGCCUCAUCACUACUAACACCAUAGGUAUCAUCAGCAGCUGCCAGAACACAGCCUACGCUAUCAGCAAGUUCCUGGGCGGGGUGUUGUCUGACAGGAUGAGCGCCCGUGUCUUGUUCUCAAUGGGGCUGGCAAUGAGUGGUGCCAGCACGCUAUUGUUCUCACGCACGGAAAACUCGGUGCUGUGGGCGCUGUUGUGGUUCUUGAACGGCUUUGCCCAGGGCGCCGGCUGGCCUGCUUGUGCCAAACUCCUGAAGAAGUGGUUCAACCCGGCCAACUUUGGGACGUGGUGGAGUGUGUUGACGGCCAGUGGUAACGUCUCCGGCACCAUUUCCCCCCUCCUGGCCGCCUACGUCAUCAUCAAUCACGGCUGGAGCGCCUCUCUUAUCAUCGCUGGUCUGUUGUCGCUGGUGAUGGCCGGACUGACACUCGUCACCCUUGUUGACGACCCUGCCCACGUCCACCUCCCUGACCCUACCGCCCUCCCCGCACACCACGCUGCCUCCACCAACAAGAGUGUAGUGGGUGAGAGCAUGACGGUGGGUCAGCUGGCGUCAUCGCCCUUCCUGUGGCUGGUGUCUGCGUGUUACCUGGUAGUGUUCUGCACCAAGACUGCCCUCUCAGACUGGGGUCAGAUUUAUCUCAUCGAGGAGCUCGGCCGCACACAGAUGCAAGCGAGUUCCUUCACCAGCGCCAUGGAAACCGGUGGGUUCUUCGGCGGCAUCCUCGCUGGUAUUCUCACAGACAAAAUAUCGAACAAGGUGAACCUCCGGGGUAAUGGCAGACUGAUGGUGGCCGCGAGCUUCAUGGUGGCGUGUACUGUCGGUGUACACUCCUUGAGAACUUUCCUCACUCCUAGUACUUCACAGGUGGUGGUGUCUGGUGUAGGCAUGUUGCUGGGCGCCAGUAUGUUUGGUCCCAUCUCCAUCUACGGCAUCGUGGCAUCCGAGUCCUUCCCCGCCCACCUCUCUGGCACCGCCCACGCUGUUGUCGCCCUUGCUGCUAAUGUUGGAGCGGUGGUAGCAGGGUGGCCACUGAGUUGGGUGGCCAGGACGUGGUCGUGGGGCGGCGUUUUAUUACUGCUGGAGAUCCUCGUUGCCUCCUCCGUGGCACUGAUCCUCUCUACCACCAGAUUACACAUAAAACCCAAGCCUAAGAUAGCUUAAGCCGCCGACUGAUUGGUCAUAUUUCCCUGAAAGUGAUCUGAAUGCUGUGCUGUGAUUGGUCUAACUAACCACUGAAACACACUCAAUUAGUUUUCUCUGAAGUUAACCUGGUGUCGCUGUCAUGGUUCUACAAUGAAUAUUUGGGAAUCACAUCUCAAGGUUUUCAGAGCUAACCAUAAAACUGACAGGUUUUCUGAUAAACAUUAUCUUACGGAAUGUGUUUUAAGAAUUGGGGCGUUUUAGCUCACAUUACUGUGUACAAAUUUUGUGUGACGUCUUUUAUUAUCAUGUUACUUGUAUGUUUGUAACGCAAUAGUGUGCCAUUCAAUACUUGAAAAAAUGGAUGAAACUAUAUAAAUGUGAAUAACAUGUUAAGUGUACUUAUGUUAUUAACUUUGUCCAGUUUAUGCUGCAGAAUAGCAAGGGAUAAUUUGAUGGGAGAUUAGAAGCACCUGUAAGGGCAUUGCUGAAUCCAGUGUAAAUUAUGUAUAGUAUCUUCCAAUGACCUACCAGAGAAUGUUAUGAAAUGAGUAGACAGACAGUUGUGUAAUAUGUAUAGACCUCUGUAGAUAUGUGUACAGUCUUUAUCAUUUGUGUGUGUAUGAUUUCAAUACUGCUGUAUGUAUCAUAUUUAAUGCAGAUGACACGAAAUUUUUAAUCUGAUGCCAUAAAACCAGAAAAGUGUAUCUCUUACCUUUUGAUAGCUGAUGCAUGACCUAACUUACUUGUGCGCGACUAUAUACAGUACCUUAGUUAAUGAACCUCAUCACUGCAUUAACGUCUAGCAGUGAUGUGCCGGAUAUACCUCAUUGACCUGGCAGGUUUGUUUACAAGGUUCUGAAUAUACUGCCAGUUUACAAGGUUUAUGAGUGACGUGAAUGUGAGGUUAGCAGUUACAUAAUGCUAUAUUUGAUUCAUAAAAAGUAUGAAGAUAAAAUUAUAGGAAUUAGUAAAUUAAUGUGUUAAUAGAAAAUUAAAUAAAUUUGCGAAUAAGA